AUGGCCGACGAUCAACACCAAAGCCCUCCGGCAUCCAUGAAGCGCGUGUCGAGAGCAUGUAUUUUCUGCCGAGCGCGCAAAUCCAGGUGUGAAUUGGAAGCUUCAGGCGGCCAACCUCCAUGCGCAAGAUGCAAGAAAGAAAACCGCGAGUGUGUGCUGGGGACGUCGAACCGCGGCGGAAGCCGAGUGAGGAAAAAGCUGCUUUCCACCACCACCUUGUCCAACUUGUCCAACCCUCCACCAUUGACACCCCUUCUUGAGACCGAUCCCAAUGCCGAGACCAACGUCAAAUCCCACCUCCGUCCUCCUGGGUUUCUACAACCCUCCCCUCUCCAAGAUCGCCCUUCGACAAUCGCAGGUCUGGCAGGUGGUGUGGGAGGAACUUCCACCAGUGCGAACGCAGUUGACGAUGAUGACUCGGCAUCCACGGCCGACAGCACAAUUGGAAACACCAUACCUAGGAAUCCAUCAGAUGCAUGGCAGUUGUUGAAAGAUGUGGCGAACCGAGAGGCGGACCAGCUACAAGCCAGAGGAGCAAUGAGCCAGCCGGGUGAUCUAUCAAACCAAGACAUGCAGAAUGGAGCAAGACCAGAGCCUAGGGGGUCCAUCAAUGGCAUCCACGCCGGGAUCUCGACUUAUCGACUGGUGCGUGAAGGCUACCUCACGCCCGAAAUCAUCCAGAUGCUGGUUAGACGCUACGCCGAGCACUAUCACCCGUACCUUCCCUUGGUCCCGCGUAAAUAUUUUGACCCUGCUCAACUGGACGUCUUCGCAGUCAAUGAUAAACACCUCUUGACGGCGGUCAUCACCAUCUCGUCCAAGGACCUUAUUGAACAGCCAACGAUCCAUACCUGCUGCUCUCGAUACAUGCAUGAUCUGAUCUCUGGGAUCGCCGCUGGUCAUGAUUGUGAAGUCGAGGCCGUGGAGGCAUUGCUGUUACUCGCCGAAUGGGAGCCGCAAGGCCUGCGGAACCGGAUUGAAGCUGUGGGCAGAGGCGAGGAGGAUCGGUCGGCAUGGAUGCAUGUUGGGAUGGCCCUUCGCACAGGUUAUUUCCUGGGCCUGGACCGAACUGCAUUUCGGCAAGAAUCUGCCGAAGAAGCGAGGAUUGACGGGCGGAAACGCCUAGCCUGGGCCAACUGCUACGUCUCGGACCGACUGAUCUCAGUGAGGAUUGGAAAGGCAUUCUGGUCGAGAGGACCUGGGCCCAUGACUGGCCUCUCCUCCCAAGACUUUCCCUCGUUACAACCCCUCAGUCCUGACGACGAAGAUUAUGCCAAAAUCAUGCAAGCUACCUUGGAUCUCACCCAGCUGUACUCCAAUGUGCACGAUGUUCUCUACUCGGGCAUGCGUACUAGUGGACAAAUGAUGCUCAUGGGAGACUAUGUCAAGUAUGUCGACGAUUUCCGUGCCGCCAUUGCUCGCUGGAACACGACCUGGGGGAAACUGGAGUGCUCCCCUUAUAUCAAGGUCACACUGCAGAUGGCGUACGAAUAUCUUUGUCUGUAUACCAACGCCUUUGCCUUCCAAGCGGCAAUCGCUCAAGCAAUUGCCAGCAAACCCAAGAGUGACGCCCAUUCCCUGAGAGACCAUCUUCGAAGUGUGUUCUGCAACGUCGGUGCUAUGCCAGAUGCACGCUUCAUUUGGGCCAGUGUGGCUGCCGCGAAAGCGUAUCUGACGCUUCUCAGCACGCAAGUGGACCCAAGCAAGUACCUACGAUACAUGCCGCUGAGAUAUUACCUCUACUGCAUUUAUUCUGCCGUCUUCUUGUACAAGGCGCGCUCGUUUGGGGUGAUGACAGACAUGGAAGAACGCCAAGUUCGACAACUCGUCUUCCAGACCAUGGAAGUUCUCAAACGAGCGUCGGUCUCUGCUCAAGACCCGGGAUCACGCUAUGCAAGGCUUUUGGAGUUGUUGUGGAUCAAGCCGCAGAAGGCACCGUCGCAACUACCCCCUCCAAUUCAAUCUCCAGCAGCAUCAGACGGUCCCCUGUCGUCAAGUGGCAGUGUCCACGUCGACGCUCAAGGUUAUAUGCAAUUCAGUCCGGCUAACGACUUCUCGUGGCUAGACCUCGAGGCAGUCGGCGAUUACGUCUCUGGUGACCAAAUGACAGGCAAUGGGAUAAAUAUGCUGGCUCCGAUGGUGGGUUUCGAAUCGACGUCGACUUUCAUGCCUCAAGCGCAGGGUCAAGGAAUGCAGUGGCAGCAGACCAACAAUGCGAUAAACUGGCCGGUGGACUGGAAUGGCAACUUGUUCUUCUGA